GUACACCAUACAAAGGAGUAAUCGACACAACUAAGGAACAUAAUUAACAAAUGAAGAGCCUAAAGUCAACGUUCCUCGUUGUGUGUCUCUUGGCCUCGUUCUUCUGUCACACCAAGGCUCACGGAGGAAGUGGUGGUGAUUCUCACGAUGAUGAUUCCCAGAGCGAAGAUUUGCAUGCCAAGAGUCUGAUCCUUGUGAAAAUAUGGUGCUUGAUCAUCUUCUUCGUCAGCACUUUCGCCGGUGGGGUGUCUCCCUAUUUCUACCGAUGGAACGAGACUUUUCUUCUUCUGGGGACUCAGUUCGCCGCCGGCGUUUUCUUGGGAACCUCUCUGAUGCAUUUCUUGAGCGAUUCCAACGAGACCUUCCGAGACCUCACCACAAAAUCUUACCCUUUUGCCUUCAUGCUCGCCUCAUCCGGCUACCUUCUCACCAUGCUCGGUGACUGCGUUGUCGUUUUCGUCACCGGCAACAGCAAGAGGGAAGCCAAAGUGUUGGAACUCGAAGGUGGGACAACACCGCAGGAGCACGACCUAGCUGGAAAUCACUGUGCAGCGGACACAACAAACCCUAUUUUAUUGAAGACGACUUCUGUGGGAGACACCAUUCUUCUCAUCCUUGCACUGUGUUUUCAUUCGGUUUUUGAGGGCAUUGCAGUUGGAGUUUCAGGUACGAAAGCGGAUGCAUGGAGGAACUUGUGGACAAUAUCCUUACACAAGAUAUUUGCUGCGAUUGCAAUGGGAAUUGCUUUGCUGAGGAUGUUACCGAAGAGACCCUUAGUAACAACUGCAGCAUAUUCUUUUGCCUUUGCUAUCUCAAGCCCCAUUGGUGUGGGGAUUGGCAUUGCCAUAAACGCCACAACACAAGGACACACUGCAGAUUGGAUGUUUGCCAUAUCGAUGGGAAUUGCUUGUGGGGUGUUCAUCUAUGUUGCCAUCAAUCAUUUAAUAUCCAAAGGCUUCAAACCGCAGAAACCAACGCGUUUCGACACUCCCUGGUUUAGGUUUCUCGCUGUGCUUUCUGGUGUAGCUGUUAUUGCAGUUGUCAUGAUCUGGGACUGAUCCUCAUCAUCUUCCAAUUCCUGUUUUUCUUUGCUCGUUAAUGUUGUUCUACGAAAAUGUCAGUGUGACAACAAUCGUGAAUGUGUAUACAUGUACCAGUAUAUAUGUGUUCGCCACAUUUAAUGUUCAUUUAUGCUAUUUUUACUCUGAACUUGUAAUCUUGUUCCUUUGUACUAUAUAUUAUGUGAAAGUUCAGAUUCCAUGUUCAAUUAUCCAAUGUGCUCUUAAUCUGAUUUUAAUCCUUUGUAGUA